AUGAGUGAUCAUGCCUUUGGAAGCUCAGCUACAACAGCGAUAUUUUCAGUUGUUAUUGCUGCAGCAAUAACUACACUUUUGUUAUUAGGCUUUUUCAGCUUCAAAUAUAGUUUAAAGGCGAUGUUUGGGGUCUAUGAUCCCGUGUUUAAAAGUUCUGGAAGAUAUAUAUCGCCAUUUGAAGAUCACAACAUGAGCCGAAUCGUCCAUCCAUAUGUUGUCUACCAGGGUACUACGUAUUUUUUAUAUGGUGUAAAUUCGAUAGCACUGUCUAGGUCCAAGAUGAAGAAGUUGGAGGUUUUGUCAUCCCAGCAGUUGAAUGAAUUCUUCCCAUUGAAGCGAUAUGCGGAAUGGCUCAAUGGUGGGCAAGAGGAGAUUCAUAGUAUCAACAAGGGGAAACUUGGAUAUGCAGGGUUUGUUGAUACCGAUCAUUACAGGAGUCAUGUGGAGGAUCCAAUUGAGUCAAUGCCCACAAACAGUGAGAAUACUCCGAAGGAAUUUGUUAAACAUAUCGAAACCAUUGGAAGCAAGAGAGAGCUGGAAGAGGAGGAUAUAACAGAUAUCCCGCUUGAAAAGUUCAACUAUAAUAUAUCAACCGCAAGUACUUUAUCCCAGAGAGAAGCAAAAAUAGAAGUGAGUGUACCAUUUCAAACCGAAAAACAUUACACAUCUGGUAUAUGUACAAUCUGUCUUGAGAAUUUAGAGGAUGAUGAUUUAGUUCGGGGAUUACUAUGUGGACAUGUGUUCCAUGGCCAAUGUAUUGAUCCGUGGCUCACCACUAGACGAGGAAGUUGUCCGAUCUGUAAGAAGGAUUUAUAUCUGGAGGUUAGGGACCAGAUAGAGGAGCAAGAAGGGGAAGACGAUGGGGAAAGCCAUGGACACUAUAGCAAUGAGAAUCCUAUGGUGACUAUAAAUAUUGGCGAUUUCAUAAGGCUCCCGACCGGUGACCCGGGCAGUGUGCACAUAGAUAAUUUGCUUAACUUAGAUCCGUCCAAUGCUUUCUCGUAUUUCAUAGUGUUGAUGAUAACAAAAUUAGAGGCCCAAAUAUUGCUCACUGCAACAGUCUACCUUCGGAACCACAACUACUCACUUGAUAAUGUUGAAAAUCCUGAAUACCCAGAGCAGAAUGCAAGUGAACAUGGUACUAUUACUUUCAACUGCCACCGGAUUGACCCAUCGAGUGUCCAGAUGUAUUUUUUGGAGAUAGCCUCUAAGCUAAGACAAACAAUGAAUACCACGGACUUCAAAAGCCCACCUCUUCCAGACAUUCAAUCGUUGAAUCCAUACAUCAAACGAAUAGUUGAAAAUCAUCCACGCCCGUUUCACCCUGCCGACAUUACCGACUUAGAUGAAGCUGCCUUAAAGAGGACAACGGAGAUGUUACGAUACCCAAGAAGAAUUAUGUAUUUUGCUAUUGGCAUCAACAAGAUGGAGCUAUAUUACUAUAAUGUUGUUCAAAUUUAUAAUACACGACGCAACAGUCGGAUUAGAGAGUGCAAUAGUUGA